GUUUGAGUACUAUAAAUGAAAAUUAUCCUCAUUUUCAUCCAGAAAUCCACCGGAUUCUUCCAUGAACAAGUGACUCACUGUGUCUGUGAGCAAAAGAACCAUAUCCAUAUCAUGGCUUCUUCCGUUACACACACUCGUCUACUCUCCUUUCUUCAGCUAAAACCCAGUACCGAACGACACAGUUUCAUCCUUCAAUCCAAAAGCAAAAAUCUCCCAUCCAAUUUCAGGCCUUCACCAGCCGUUUUAAACUCAUCUAAUUCUCUAACAAUACAACAACCCAAAGCUACACAGACCAAUUCCUUAACUCUCCGUCAAAUUUGCCAAACCCACGUGCCAGAACCAAUUUUACUCAGGAUGGAAGAAGUUGGGUAUGUAAUGCCGACAGAAGUACAAAAACAAGCUUUGCCAGUUCUUUUUAGUGGGUUAGAUUGUAUACUUCAUGCCCAGACAGGUUCAGGGAAGACACUUGCUUACUUAUUGUUGAUUUUUUCUGUUAUUAAUGCACAAAGAUCUGCUGUUCAAGCACUUAUUAUUGUGCCUACUAGGGAGCUAGGAAUGCAAGUGACGAAAGUUGCGAGGAUGUUGGCUUCGAAACCGAUGGAUGUUACUGUAAUGGCUCUUCUUGACGGUGGGAUGUUGCGAAGACAUAAGAGUUGGUUAAAGGCGGAGCCUCCUCAAAUUGUGGUGGCAACGAUAGGAAGUUUGUGCCAAAUGCUGGAGAAGCAUAUAUUUAAACUUGAAUCGAUGAAGGUGUUGGUCAUUGAUGAGGUUGAUUUCAUGUUCAACUCUUCAAAAGAAGUCAGUUUGCUCCGAAAACUAUUGACAUCAUAUUCGUCUUGCAAUAACCGUCAGACUGUGUUUGCUAGUGCAUCCAUCCCUCAGCAUAGAAGAUUUUUGUAUGACUGCAUACAACAGAAGUGGACCAAGAAUGAUGCAAUUCAUGUGCAUGUCAAUCCUGUUCAACCGAUGCCAUCCUGUCUACAUCAUAGAUUUUUAAUAUGCAGUAAAAACCAGAGGCAUCAAAAUUUGCUCUCCUUAUUACAAUCUGAUGCACCCAGGUCUGCAAUUGUUUUUGUUGGUGAUCAGUCUGAGAAGUCCAAAAAGGCCGGGGAUGCUCCACCGACAACUCACUUGGUUGAUUUUUUGAAAAGAUCAUAUAGCGGUGGUUCAGAUAUCCUUCUUCUGGAAGAAGACAUGAAUUUCAAUUUACGAGCAGCUUCACUAUCAGAAUUGAAGCUGGGAGGAGGGUAUAUUCUUGUAGCGACAGAUAUUGCUGCCAGAGGCGUUGACCUUCCCGAAACAACUCACAUCUACAACUUUGAUUUGCCAAAAACUGCUGUAGAUUAUCUUCAUCGUUCUGGACGAACAGGUAGGAAACCUUUUUCCGAUGAAAAAUGCUAUGUCACCAAUAUUAUUACAUUAGAGGAGCGGUUUGUUGUGCAAAGAUAUGAAAAUGAAUUAAUGUUCGAUUGCGAAGAGCUUAUUCUAUAAGUCUAAUUCAUAUAAAUUUUCAACUUUUGGCUA